AGCUCGAAAAUGUUUAGGAGUCUCGAGCGAGCUCGGCUCUUAAGGAGAUUUUCUAACGAGGAAAAAAACGAAACAUACCCGCGAUAAACUGUUGCGAAAAAGAAAAACCAAAACCCGUUCGUUGUGUUUUCCUACACUUCCGUUUCGUGUCUUAGUUUGAAUCUUAGGUUCGGUCCUAAGUGAAAGUUAGGCGGUUUUUUAUUUUUUCCCCCCGGAGUGAUGUCGAAUCCUGGCACUCGAAGAAACGGGUCGAGCAUCAAAAUCCGUCUGACAGUAUUAUGUGCCAAGAACCUGGCAAAGAAGGAUUUCUUCAGGUUACCUGACCCUUUUGCCAAAAUAGUAGUAGAUGGAUCAGGUCAGUGCCAUUCGACAGACACAGUGAAGAGCACACUGGACCCAAAGUGGAACCAGCACUAUGAUCUAUAUAUUGGAAAAACAGACUCGAUCACCAUCAGUGUGUGGAACCACAAGAAAAUCCACAAGAAACAGGGAGCUGGCUUCCUGGGCUGUGUGAGACUUUUAUCCAAUGCGAUCAGCAGGCUAAAGGACACUGGCUACCAGCGUUUGGAUCUGUGCAAACUAAACCCCACAGACAGCGAUGCAGUACGUGGCCAAAUAGUAGUAAGUUUACAGACGCGAGACAGGAUAGGCACUGGAGGAGCUGUUGUGGACUGUAGAGGACUUUUGGAAAAUGAAGGCCCAGUUUUUGAAGACUCGGGGCCCGGAAGGCCGCUCAGCUGUUUCACAGAGGAGCCGUUGCCAUACACAGACAGCACUGGAGCCGCAGGGGGAGGGAACUGCCGCUUCCUGGACUCUCCCAAUCAGGAGCAGAGGCUUCAGGCACAGCGCCUCCGAAAUCAAGACACCAGAGGUCACACACACACCCCUCAGAACCGGCCACACGGGAGCCAAUCCCCCGACCUACCUGAGGGUUACGAACAAAGGACGACAGUACAGGGGCAGGUAUACUUUCUACAUACACAGACUGGAGUCAGUACCUGGCACGACCCAAGAAUACCAAGGGACCUCAACAGUGUCAGCUGCGAAGAUUUAGGUCCUCUGCCUCCAGGGUGGGAGGUCAGAAGUACAGUGUCGGGAAGGAUAUAUUUUGUUGACCACAAUAACAGAACGACACAAUUCACAGACCCAAGAUUACACCACAUAAUGAGUCAGCAUUCUCAAGUAAAAGAAUCUGGCCAGCAGCUGCCUGUGCAGACUGAGGUUCCUCCAGAGGAUGGAGAAGGAGAGCUCCCUGUACGCUAUGAGAGGGACUUGGUGCAGAAACUGAAAUUGCUAAGGCAUGAGCUCUCAUUGCAGCAGCCGCAAGCUGGCCACUGUCGCAUUGAGGUAUCCAGGGAGGAGAUUUUUGAGGAGUCGUACAGACAGAUCAUGAAGAUGCGGCCCAAAGACCUGAAGAAAAGGCUGAUGGUAAAGUUCCGGGGAGAAGAAGGACUGGACUACGGUGGGGUGGCAAGGGAGUGGUUGUAUCUCCUGUGUCAUGAAAUGCUAAAUCCAUAUUAUGGACUGUUCCAGUAUUCCACGGAUAACAUUUACACACUGCAAAUAAAUCCAGACUCCUCUAUUAAUCCGGACCAUUUGUCAUAUUUCCACUUUGUUGGGCGGAUAAUGGGCCUGGCUGUUUUCCACGGACACUACAUUAACGGAGGUUUUACACUGCCUUUCUAUAAGCAGCUGCUAGGUAAACCCAUACAGCUGUCCGACCUAGAAACUGUGGAUCCGGAGUUACACAAAAGCUUAGUGUGGAUUCUUGAGAAUGACAUCACCCCAGUACUGGAUCAUACCUUUUGUGUAGAGCAUAAUGCAUUUGGUAAAUUUCUCCAACAUGAACUCAAACCAAAUGGAAGAAACAUCCCUGUAAUGGAGGAGAACAAGAAGGAAUAUGUAAGGUUGUACGUGAACUGGAGGUUUAUGAGAGGGAUUGAGGCUCAGUUUCUAGCCUUGCAAAAAGGAUUUAACGAGUUGAUUCCACAGCAUUUGUUAAAGCCCUUUGAUCACAAGGAACUAGAGCUAAUCAUCGGAGGCCUGGGUAAGCUAGACCUCAACGACUGGAAGGCCAAUACCCGGCUGAAGCACUGUGUGGCUGACAGCAACAUGGUCAAGUGGUUCUGGCAGGCAGUGGAGUCAUUUGAUGAGGAGAGGAGAGGGAGGCUGCUGCAGUUCGUUACAGGCUCCACCCGCGUCCCACUGCAGGGGUUCAAAGCACUGCAAGGUGCCACCAUGUCCUCAGGACCCUGGGUCUUCACUGAUCCAUCUAGACUCGCUACCAACACAGACAACCUGCCUAGCCACACUUGCUUUAAUCGGAUUGACAUUCCGCCGUACGAAACGUAUGAAAAGCUGUACGAGAAACUUCUGACCGCCGUGGAGGAGACCUGUGGGUUUGCCGUGGAGUGAAGAGGAGGCCAGCACGUGCUGCUUGAGCAGUAACCAAAACUAGAAGAGGAAUGGCCUGUGAGCUUCCUGCUGAGCACUGUAGUGAGACGACAGUGGAAGUUACGCCUGGGAUAGAAACCAGCACCCGAUGACACACAGCAGCUCUCCUGAGGGAUAAAAUAGCAGCUGUGGAUGGCUACAAAUUGAAACACUUUUCUAGGAAGAGGUUAUUUUUUUUCCUUGGUGUGAUUUGAGGCUGCUUUUAAGAGGGAAGGCUUAACUAAUUAAGCUUUUGGUUCUGAAAGUUGAUCAAUGUGGAUUAGGUUAUUGAAAUCUUGGUUUCUUGUCCUUAAAAUUUUUUCCUAAUUUGGGCAGCUAACCUGCAUUAAUUGCGUAACAGAACCAAGCACUUUAUCUGUUUUUUAAAUAUAAAUUAUGGUCCUAAAAAGACUUGAUUUUCUGUCUGAAUAUGGAUCAGAUCUAGGUAAUGUAAGCCUUUGUUGGUAUCUAUUCAUUAACGCUUUAAAAAAUAAAAAUCUGUCUAUCCAUCUAUCUAUCUCAAUCUAUCGAAUGAUUUGAUUUCAAGUUUUCAUUUUGGGCUGAUGACCAGAUAUCCAUUUCCUGUCUCAUUCAUUUCUUUUGCUGAUUACCAUUGCAACAUGCAUUGAUUGGUUCUGUGAACUCCUAUAUUAAAAAAAAAAAAAAAAAAAAAAAAAAAAAAAAAAAUCAGAAAGUAAUGAAUAUACUAGGUAUGAAAUAAUCUGGUACGGGAUAAUACAGGCCUGCCUUGGACCUCCUCAUUGACCUACUUUCAAAACAAGUUUUGGCAGCCCAAAUUGUAUUGUAUAUCGCACACUAAACUACUCUAGUGUUUUUUGUCAAACAAUGUGCACCUUUGCCGGAAUCUCUGUUUUAAAUCCAUUAGGAACGGCUGUUUGUUUUAAUUUUGUAUAUAGACGUUUUUGGUUUUGUUUUGUUUCCCAAGAUUUUAUGCUUGUACAUUUAUAUGACGAUUUGCACAUAGGAAAAGUCCUAGUCCCCAUUUGAUUAAAAAAACAAACAAACAAAAAAAAAAACAUUAUUUAUAUACUUUCUCAGUAAGUUGUACCACAGAAAGAGAGAAAUAAUGCACGAUCAGGAUGUUGACAGGUAACAGUUUGUCAGAUAUGAAUGAAUACAGAUCCAUAAUUUAAAAAAUAAUAAUAAUUAUAGAUUAGUUCUGUAUUGCUCUUAAUUUUUAAAGAAAAACCAGUUCAAGUAAUUUUGUAAAAGAGAAUAGAAGUGCAGCUACUGAAUAUACUGAACGGAGAAAAGAUGUACGCAUUUUAAAAGCUGUCUGGCCUUACAAUGUUUUAUGAGCUAAUUAUAGCAGUUUUGAGGAGAGUACUGACUGGUAGACAGUGGUAGAAAGUGUGUUUUUAUUUAUAUAUUUUAAAAAACAAAAUUCAAUGGCCGCUACUAACUCUAAGCCAAGCAUUUAAAUGGUAGGUGUUAAGUAAUGUUUCUACACAGUAAAUCGUGAGAAAAUACCUUUGUGCUUGGUCGGCUUUCUGACCUGAAGUGAAGAUCGAUAAAGGACAUGAAUAGCAGUACCUCAGUUAUAUUUGUUACUGUUGAUAGUGUAGGUGUUUUAUUUUUGUAUUUUCUAUUUGCACAAAAAAGAAAGGGGACAGUAUUUUAAAACUGAGUGUAGUCUGAAUUGUCAUGAUCAGCUGUGUGCCUGAUUUUUGUUUACUUCAUUGCUGGGAGACACAAAUGACUACGUACAGGAUGACAAACGGAUCUGUUUCUAUUCUUACAUUUCCACUUGGCAUUUGUAGCAUUUCGUUUUUUUUUUUUAAAUCUCUAAAUCAUUUCAGUACAGCUCUGUUAGAUCUAUUGCUUUAAGUUCUGGUUCAAAACAAACCGCUGUGGUAUUUGUGCCAUGGGCGUGACUGUAGAAGCGAUUAACACUGGGCACAGGUCUCCACUCCUAGUCCCUGUAAGAUGCAUGCCAUUGUGUUAAAUCCCUGAAAUGCAUGAAGCACACAUCACCCACUGUUAAAAGACAUUUAUGCGUCUUUUUUUUUUUUGUAUGUCUCUAAAAAUACUAUAAAGAAACUUGGCGAUAAAAUUAGGCAACUGUUUUGAUGAGACACUUGUCUUGUGAACGGAGUGCACAUAGACAAAUAAUUUUUGUCACGGUGUCUACCUUAAUGUAAGGUUACGUAUUUUUAGUACAAGAACUUUAAUUACACCACCCACCUCCCUAAAAAAAGAAAUACCAUUAAUAUAUUAAAAUAGAAAGUCUUCGGUCAAUUUGGUAUUUCAAUCUGAUGGAUAGGGAGAAAGUACUAAAGGAGGCUUAAAGCUAAUACAAAGUGCUUGAAUUGCAUGGCAACGUGUUCUCUUUUCAAGUAUAAAGAAAUGAGCCAACUUCUUUCUUAAGUGUUCCUCAACCACUUGAUGUAUUUUUUUUAAUCAUUAUUUAUUACUGUGUAAUGUCCUUU